AUGGAUAUCUCGCGGGAUAGCGCACGUUUCGUCAUUAUUGGCGGUUCAUACGCCGGCAUCAAAACUGCACACGGAGUCCUCAAGCAAAUACCUAAUGCUCAUGUGACGCUGAUUAACCCAUCGAUGCAAUUCUUCUACAACAUUGCGUCUCCAAGGAUCCUGGCCAACCCCGACGCGAUUCGCACAGAUGAAUACAUGAUCGACAUCCCAAGCUGUUUCGCCCGCCAUGGUCCAGGUUCAUUUCGAUUCGUGGAAGGACUUGCCACAGAGGUUCUUGAGCAAACUCGAGUGGUCAAACUUGCCGAUUGCGAAGAGAUUGCGUAUGACUAUCUCAUCAUUGCUUCAGGAAGCACUACCAAAUCAACAGAGGGCUUGGACGGCGAUAUGGCUCCGUGGAAAGCUCGACAAGACGGCCGGACGCUUGAGUAUAUCAUAGAAAGCCAAGAGAAACUCGCACGAGCGACAGACAUUGUUAUCUGCGGAGCUGGUCCCGUUGGAGUGGAGUUCGCAGGCGAGCUUGCCGAUAUGGUCGAGGAGAGUGAGAAGAAUUGCAGUGUCACUUUGAUAUCUUCGAGGAGCACAAUACUGCCUCAUAUCGACCAGCGUGUCGGCCUCCAUGCUAUGGCGAUUCUGGCUCGUAAGGGCGUCAAGGUAGUGAUGGGAAGCAAGGUGGCUUCUGCCUACCGAGACAACCUGUCCUCGAGAUGGAUCAUCGAGUUGGACGACGGCACGACGAUGAGCUCGGAUUGCUACAUCUCUACAACUGGACCGUUGCCUUGCAACAAUUUCAUACCAGGCCACUUUCUGGACGAUCAAGGAUGGAUGAAAGUUGACGCUCAUCUUCGCGUCGUCAGUUCCGCGGCUUCAGAUCAAUCUCCGUGCAGAGUAUAUGGCAUUGGAGAUAUCAUCGCAUGCCAACCACGGAAUGUGCGUGUCAUCAACCAGCAGCUGACCGUUCUUCUUGCCACUCUCAAAGCGGAUCUACAAACGACAACAUGUGGUCAGAAAUCAAGCCUGACAUACUCGCCGAGACCUACGACUCACAUACUCAUACCUAUCGGUGCCGCUGCCGGGACGGGCCUCGUCUUCGGCGUGAUCCCGUGGGAGUGGGUUGUGUGGCUUAUGCAAGGUCGCAAUUAUCUCGUACCAUAUGUCCGACGCUUCUUGAGUUCGUAA